GCGGAGCCAAGGACAGCGCCGAGCAGAGGCCGGGCCCGCAGCCGCUCCGCCUCCCGGGGUCGCAAAGCCCCGACCGCCGCGCUGCAGGAUCCUCUGAGCCCCGACGACUCGAGCAUGGCGUCCCGAGGGACACACUGAGUGCGGGGUCGGCGCCGGGGGCGGCACCAUGGCCCUGGAGCAGGCUCUGCAGGCGUCGCGACAGGGCGAGCUGGAUGUGCUGAGGUCCCUGCACGUCGCCGGCCUGCUGGAGCUUUCCCUGCGCGACCCGCUGGACGCUCUGCCGGUGCACCAUGCGGCCCGCGCCGGCAAGCUGCACUGUCUGCGUUUCCUUGUGGAAGAUGUGGGCCUGCCCUCAACCGCCCGCGCGCGCAACGGUGCCACGCCUGCCCACGACGCAGCCGCCACUGGCCACCUCACCUGCCUGCAGUGGCUGCUCUUGAAGGGCGGCUGCAGAGCGCAGGACAAAGACAAUUCUGGUGCCACAGUCCUGCAUCUGGCUGCCCGCUUCGGCCACCCUGAGGUGGUGAACUGGCUGCUGCGUCAUGGCAAUGGGGACCCCACCAUGGCCACAGACAUGGGUGCCCUGCCUCUCCACUAUGCCGCCGCCAAAGGAGACUUCCCCUCCCUGAGGGUUCUCAUCAGGCACUACCCUGAGGGAGUGAAUGCUCAAACCAAGAACGGUGCCACGCCCCUGUACCUGGCGUGCCAAGAGGGCCACCUGGAGGUGACGCAGUACCUGGUGCAGGAGUGCGGCGCGGACCCGCACGCGCGCGCCCACGACGGCAUGACCCCGCUGCACGCGGCGGCACAAAUGGGUCACAGCUCGGUCAUCGCGUGGCUGGUGAGCUGCACCGACGUGAGCCUGUCGGAGCAGGACAAAGACGGCGCCACAGCUAUGCACUUCGCGGCGAGCCGUGGUCACACCAAAGUGCUCAGCUGGCUCCUGCUGCACGGCGGCGAGAUCUCCACAGACCUGUGGGGCGGGACCCCGCUGCACGACGCCGCCGAGAACGGGGAGCUGGAGUGCUGCCAGAUCCUGGUAGUGAACGGUGCAGAGCUGGACGUCCGCGACCGCGACGGGUACACGGCCGCCGACCUGUCGGACUUCAACGGCCAUGGCCAUUGCACCCGCUACCUGCGCACCGUGGAGAACCUGAGCGUGGAGCACCGCGUGCUGUCCCGGGAUCCAUCUGCUGAGCUGGAGGCCAAGCAGCCAGACUCAGGCAUGUCCUCACCCAACACUACCGUGUCCGUCCAGCCACCAAACUUUGACCUCAGCUCGCCCACCAGCACCCUCUCCAACUAUGAUUCCUGCUCGUCCAGCCACUCAAGUGUCAAGGACCAGCACCUUCCACAUGGGCUUCCUGGCACAAGAGCUGCAGACAUACAGAGCUACAUGGACAUGCUGAACCCUGAGCUGAGCCUGCCUCAGGAAAAGAAGGGGAGACCUACACCACCACCACCACCACCACCCAGCUUCCCUCCGCCACCACCUCCUCCAGGCACCAAACUGCCCCCACCCCCUCCAGGCUACCCAGCUCCCAAGCCCCCCGUGGGGCUACAUGCAACUAAUAUCUACAUGCAGACCAAGAACAAACUCCGCCAUGUGGACACCAAAGCCUCCAAGAAGGAGCCAAGCUCCUGUGAAAGCCACAACGGCCUGCGGAGGCAGGACUCCGGCCGCAAGACCCGCACCUUCAGCAAGCAGCCCAGCACGGGGGACUACUACCGCCAGCUGGGCCGCUGCCCCAAGGACCCGCUGGCCGGACGCCCGGGCAUGGCGCACAGCGAGGAAGUGCGUGCCGGCCAACCCGCACCCGCCGGCCGCCCGGGACCCGGCGUCGUCACCCGCUGCUCAGUAGCUGGCCCCUCCGCUCCCCCGCAGGCGGCUCUGCUCCCCGGGAACCCUGUGCAUAACGGCUGCGCUGCGGACUCCAAGGCGUCCAAGGAGCUGCCGCUGCCGCCGCCGCCUCCCCCGCCGCCGCCGCCCCUGCCUGAGGCCCUGAGCUCGCCGCCGCCUGCCCCGCCUCUGCCCUUCGAGGGCGCUGGCUGCGGGCAGCGCCGCUCCUCUUCGUCCACCGGCAGCACCAAGUCUUUCAACAUGAUGUCUCCGACCGGCGACAACUCCGAGCUACUGGCUGAGAUUAAGGCAGGCAAGAGCCUAAAGCCCACGCCCCAGAGCAAGGGGCUGACCACAGUGUUCUCAGGCAGUGGGCAGCCAGCCUCCCAGCCGGACUUGCAGCCACCGCCGAGACCGCCCUCUCCAUCACCGGCCCGGAGCCCCACCCCACCGGCGGCGGGGCUCCAGCCACUGCUCAAUGGCAGCUUGGCACCGCCGCCCCCCGCUACCCCUGCGCCAGGAGUGCCGCUGGACGUGGAGACGCUCAUCCCCACGCAUGAUGAGCAGGGCCGGCCCAUCCCGGAGUGGAAGCGCCAGGUGAUGGUGCGCAAGCUGCAGGUGAAGAUGCAGGAGGAAGAGGAGCAGAGGCGGAAGGAGGAAGAAGAGGAGGCCCGGCUGGCCAACAUACCUGCCUGGAGGCGAGAUAUCCUAAGGAAGAAGCUGGAAGAGGAGAGGGAGCAGAAGCGGAAAGAGGAGGAGCGGCAGAAGCAGGAAGAAUUGCAGCGGGAGAAAGAGCAGUCGGAGAAGCUGCGGACACUGGGCUACGAUGAGACCAAACUGGCGCCCUGGCAGCGACAGGUCAUCCUGAAGAAGGGGGACAUCGCUAAGUACUAGACUUUGCGGCCCCCUUCUGUAGUCUCUCGAAUGGGGGAGAGGGGCGCCCAGCCCCCGCCCUGGCCUGAGCAGAAGGGCUGGGGAGCUGUGCUGCCGAUCCCUUCCUGAGCUGGACCCCCUCCUGACCCCUCCCUGACCAUUCCUUGACACCCCCCCCCGUCCCCCGCCCUCCACGCUGGAGCCUGUCCCUGCCGACGCCACCCGCAGUCACCCAGAGAAAGUGCCCAAGCUGCUGACGCAAAAAAAAAAAAACAAAAAAAAAAACCUGCUUACUUGCAUGCCGACUUACAUAUAUUUGCAUGUUGGUUGAAUGUCAAAGUGUGCAGAACUUGCCCCAGCCCCGUGGGUGGUACUUUGUUUUCCUGCGGGGCGCGGCUUGACCGCAGCACCUCCCCCGCACCCCGGAACCGCGUUGCCGGCGCAUCCUGGGCGGAGGCAAGGCCCCAAGCUUGGGGACGGGGUUUUCCUCCCUCCCUGACCCAGAUCUGCGCCCAGCCCGGGCCACUUUCUCAUCCCUGCCCCGAGAGUUUCCUCUCAGUCAUUUGUUUACCAGAAAAGAUGAAAACUGCCCAUCGGAACCCAACUGCUGCUCUGGGGGCCCCACCUCUGCACCAGUCCCCGCUCUGGUUAGAUCUGCGACCAGUCCACAGCCAGGGGCCCUCGCUCCUUGGACCCUUUCACUGCCCUGGUGGAGUGGAGGAUGAGGUCCUGAACCUGUGUCUCUAACUGUUGCCCCUCAUCCCGCCCUGCCGCCUCACACCCCGAUUAAAGCGCUCUCAGCCUCCAGGACUCAGCUUA